AUGGCUGCUCUGUUCCUAGCAACUCCUGCUAGUACGUCCUUAACCAGAGCCCUCCAACUCUCACGUGGUACAAGAGAACCUCCAACUUCGCCUCUCAAACUUACACUUCCUCGUCGUUGGGCACACAAAACCACCACCAGAACUUAUGCUUCGAUUUCCAUGCCGGUUUCAUCCAAGUCCGAGGAUCUCGUGGCCGCCAUUCUUUCCAAGGUAAUGCAAACAGAUGGAGGAGUUUCGCUGACAAUAGACGAACACAAAAGGGUAGCUGAAGUGGCUCAAGAAUUGCAAGAAUUCUGUGUUGAUGAACCUGUAAAAUGCCCUCUAAUAUUCGGAGAGUGGGAUGUUGUUUAUUGUUCGGUGCCUACAUCACCUGGAGGUGGCUACAGGAGUGCAUUCGGCCGCCUUUUCUUCAGAACCAAGGUAAUGAUUCAGGUCAUUGAAGCUCCUGACAUAGUGCUAAACAAGGUGUCCUUUUCUGCCUUGGGGUUCCUUGAUGGAGAGGUCUCUUUGAAAGGAAAGCUGAAGGCUUUGGAUGAAAAAUGGAUUCAAGUGGUGUUUGAGCCGCCUGAACUUAAGGUCGGAGCACUAGAGUUCAAGUAUGGUGGUGAGAGUGAGGUUAAGCUGGAGAUCACAUACAUAGAUGAAAAGAUCAGGUUAGGGAAGGGCUCAAGAGGUUCUCUAUUUGUUUUCCAAAGACGCAAAACAACUUCCUGA